CCCCGCGAGCCGCCGGGGGAUCAGCCGCACUCCGGACGCGGCCCCGAGCACCCGGGAGGAGGUGGAGCGCGGUGCCAGGGGGCGGGCGGGGCGGGAGGGAGGGCGCGCAGGAGAGGAGGAAGGAGGCGAGGCAGAGGAAAGAGGGAAACAACACCCCGCAACUAGGAGGGGGAGAAAGAAAGAAAAGACACCCACCCACCCACUCAAAAACAGGAAGAAAAGAGAAGGGGCGAGCUCGUGCGGCGCGCCGCCUGCUUCCCGGGCAGCCUCGCCAGCAGCAGGGGUGGGGAGCGCGCGCCGAAGCUGCCGGAGAGCGAGCAGCCGGGCCGGCAUGGACAUGGUGCUCCUGGUGCAGGGCGCUUGUUGCUCGAACCAGUGGCUGGCGGCGGUGCUGCUGAGCCUGUGCUGCCUGCUACCCUCCUGCCUCCCGGCUGGACAGAGCGUGGACUUCCCCUGGGCGUCCGUGGACAACAUGCUGGUCCGCAAAGGCGACACCGCGGUGCUCAGGUGUUACUUGGAAGAUGGAGCUUCAAAGGGUGCCUGGCUGAACCGGUCAAGUAUCAUUUUUGCCGGAGGUGACAAGUGGUCAGUGGACCCUCGAGUUUCAAUUUCCACAUUGAAUAAAAGGGAUUACAGCCUCCAGAUACAGAAUGUGGAUGUGACAGACGACGGCCCAUACACGUGUUCCGUGCAGACCCAACACACACCCAGAACGAUGCAGGUUCACCUCACAGUGCAAGUUCCUCCGAAAAUAUAUGACAUUUCACAUGACAUGACCAUCAACGAAGGAGCCAACGUCACCCUCACUUGCUUGGCUGCCGGGAAACCAGAGCCUUCCAUUUCGUGGAGGCACAUCUCCCCGUCAGCACGGCUCAAGGAAGCUCAGUAUGCCUCCAUGCCGUCAGAACGGGCGAGGCCUCUGGAUUCCUAUGCAGGGUUAUUUUCACUUUAA